CUGCGCUGCAUGCUCGCGGCGGGGAGAGCGGACCGAUUUGGUUCCUUUGGUGGAUCUGAGGCGACCCCGGGGAGGGAGGGUGGCUACGAGCCAUGGGUAAGGAGCAGGAGCUGCUCGAAGCGGCGAGGACUGGCAAUGUAGCCGUGGUGGAGAAGCUGCUGAGCGGCAGGCAUCGGCUGUCGGCAGGCAGCGGCGGAACGGUGUCUCUGCCCCAGCUUUCCAACCUUCUCAGCAUUUGGAGAGGACCAAAUGUCAACUGUGUCGACACCUCAGGUUAUACUCCUCUGCAUCAUGCUGCUCUUAAUGGACAAAAGGAAGUUGUCGAAAUGCUACUGAAGAAUGAAGCUUCCACUAACAUUGCAGAUAACAAGGGCUGUUAUCCACUUCAUCUUGCUGCUUGGAAAGGGGACUCACAUAUAGUCAGGCUUCUUAUUCAUCAAGGACCAUCCCAUGCAAAAGUCAACGAACAGAAUGCUAUUGAGAGCAAAGACCUCAAAAAGUAUGGCCCUUUUGACCCUUAUAUCAAUGCCAAGAACAAUGACAAUGAGACAGCCUUGCACUGUGCAGCACAGUAUGGUCACUCAGAUGUUGUAAAAGUUCUUCUUGAGGAGCUCACUGAUCCUACAAUGAGAAACAAUAAAUUUGAAACGCCGUUGGACUUGGCUGCAUUAUAUGGGAGGCUUGAGGUGGUGAAAAUGCUGUUAAAUGCCCAUCCAAACCUAUUAAGCUGUAACACCAAGAAGCACACACCACUUCACUUGGCAGCAAGAAAUGGGCAAAAGGCAGUAGUGGAAGUCCUUUUGGAAGCAGGCAUGGAUAUCAACUAUCAGACAGAGAAAGGCAGUGCACUUCAUGAGGCUGCCUUGUUUGGGAAGACUGAUGUGGUCCAGAUACUCUUGGCAUCUGAAAUUGAUGUUAAUAUUAAAGAUAUCCAAGGAAAGUCUGCACUAGAAAUUGUACGAGAGCAUCCAGCUCAGAAAAGCAAAGAGAUAGCAACUCUUAUUCAAGAUCAUAUGGCAGGAAAAGAGAUCCUGAAGAAUACAGCAAGUCCAGUUGCAGUGUCCAAACUACCGCAAAUUUCUAUUGCUGAGUGCAAUCAAAAAUCUAAGGGUGAAGAACAAAUGGAAUUAACAAAACUUAUUACAGAAUUUGAAAGCCAGCCAGCUGAUGAAUGUCCAUAUGAAGCUUUGUGCAAUGCAACUUCACACUCUGUAGAAAGUUUGAAAGCAUCUAACAAAGAAACAAGUUCAAGUCAAGAAUUAAUCAAGGAUUCUGAUGUGAAGCAGACUGCAGAACAGUUUGAGGAAGAUGAGAAUCCCUAUGAGCUUCUCCUGACUGCAGAGACAAAGAAGUUAACAACUUUGGAUGUAUCCCAACAUGAAGCAGAAAGUACAGAUGGGAAGGCUGAUCCUGAUUCUAUAUCCUCUGAAGUGGUAACCAAACCUGUUCGGAACUUCACCUCAUCUCAGAUUCCGGAUUUACUUGCACCUGGCGUUAUUCACUCAGAUAGAAGUCAAGAGGCCAACUUGUCAUGUAGCAAUAAACCAAACCUUGCACUCAACCUUAAGUCGCCAUCUAUUAUUGUUACCCAAGAUCACAUGAAUAGUGAGGUUGAAUCUCAGGAUAUCAACAUUCCUGAGCAGUUUUCGGGACUUCUACAUGGGUCACCUCCAAUCUCUGAGAUUCAGAACGAUCCAGUCACUCUACUAGCUGCUUUGAGCAAAGGGGGAGUGGAAGCUGAAGCGAUGCAAAGCAGAGUCUUGCCAGAGAGGCAACACUGUGCAACAGGGCGGGCAGUGAACACUGACAUUAAGAACUCUGCAGCAGAUAUUGCUGAACAAAAAGGGGAGCAGGUAAUCCAUAAUACCAUACGUGACAUCCACAUCAGCCAGACGGAUCCUGCAAAUUCUAAGUCUAUUCAACGUGAUAUUCCAUUCAGCAAGGGAAUAGAAAGACGGACAUGUACUUCAGAAAGGGUACGACCUAGUGGAAAGGGUAAAGCCGACCUGAAAUUUGCAAGAACUUUGUCAAAAUCGGAUUCAGAGCUCAUUAUAUGUCCUCCAUCUGAGGAAGAUAUGCUGGGAAGUCGUAGUGAGUCCCUUUCAAACUGCAGUUCUGUGAAGAAACGGCUAGAAAAAUCGCCAUCCUUUCAGUCAGAAUGGGAGGAGAUAAAACAAAAUUGGUCAAAAUAUGGUGAUUUUCUUCUUGAUGAUAAAAACCUGCAGAAACCUGUACUUCCAGUAUCUAAUCCUCACAGAUCUAAGUCUGUGCACAGUAUUGAAAAGAUAAUGAGUUCCAUUGGUGCAGGGAUUGACAGUGACUUCAGAAAAGAACGACAGAAUGCUUCAGGUUCAAGGAUGCUGGAGCAGAGUGUCGGGCAGUGGCUUGAAUCGAUUGGGAUGCAACAGUAUGAAAGUAAACUGGUGCUGAAUGGGUUUGAUGAUGUGCGCUUCAUGGGGGCUAACAUAAUGGAAGAACAGGACUUGCGAGAACUUGGAAUUCAUGAAGCAGCACAUCGGCGCAAGAUUCUUCAAGCUGCACGUUCACUUCCAAAGAUUAAACCAUUUGGUUUCGAUGGAAACAGCAAUACUUCAAUCGUAGCAUGGUUAGAAUCACUUGGACUACAGGAUUACAGUCAGACGUUUUUGUCCAGUGGAUAUAAUUCAAUGGAUAGUGUGAAAAACCUCUGGGAACUGGAAAUUGUAAACGUGCUGAAAAUAGCCUUACUUGGUCACCGGAAGCGAAUCUUAGUAUCUCUUGGAGACCGACCUUAUGAAGAACCACCUCAAAAACCACCUCGGUUGUCCCAACUAAAGGACGACCAGCGUGAGUCGAGAUUAACGCUUCGUCCACCAAGUUUAGCAACGCCAUAUGCUCCUGUUCAGAACUGGCAGCACCAACCAGAGAAGCUUAUCUUUGAAUCUUGUGGCUAUGAGGCUAACUAUUUGGGUUCCAUGCUGAUUAAAGAACUAAAGGGGACUGAAUCAACGCAAGAUGCUUGUGCAAAGAUGAGGAAAUCGACUGAACAAAUGAAAAAGAUCCCAACUAUUUUCCUCUCCAUCACAUAUAAGGGUGUAAAAUUCAUCGAUGCCUUCAACAAGAAUAUUAUUGCUGAGCAUGAAAUCCGCAAUAUUUCCUGUGCAGCCCAGGAUCCUGAAGAUCUCUGUACUUUUGCUUACAUCACUAAAGACCUGCAGACAAAUCACCACUAUUGUCAUGUUUUCAGCACACUUGAUGUAAAUUUAACGUAUGAAAUCAUCCUUACACUAGGACAGGCAUUUGAAGUGGCAUACCAGCUUGCAUUGCAAGCCCAGAAACCUGCUCAGAAGUCCUUUUUCACAGCUGAGCUAGAGUCAGAGGAAAUGAGGUCAACUAAACCAGUUCCUAAACCACGAUCCAGCAUGAGAAAAUCUACUGUGCAGCCACCUAACAGCAGAUGCUAUUACUGUCACACGUGCACUACUCACAGGCCUUCGCAUCCGCUUCUCCCGCUUCAUUCGUUCAGCCAAGGAGUCCAGAUUGACUCUAUUGAGCAAGAUGCUCAAUCACAUGGCAGUGUGGCAUGGAUAGCAGACUCUAAGCAGGACUCCAAGAGGACAAUCAGUACAAACUGAAACUCUGGGGUGAAUGUAUGUUUACUGGAAAUGUGACAAUGGGUGCCCCAGAUCAACAUGAGGGAGUGUUAAAACCAUCCGAAAAACAGCAUCCCAUACCGGUGGGAACAUGGAACUGAAGUUCGCUUGUGUAGCAGUGGUUUCCACUUUCCUUGUAGAAGCACAACAUCAUAAAAGCAUUUCUGGGACUUCUUCCUCAACAAGUGCUUAGAUAUGAUCAAGAAAUGUAGUUACUUAAUCGAAGAAUUAUUAUCAACUUCGCUAAUUUACCCUUUGUGAGGAUGAUGAAGUGGAGCAAUCAUCUUUAAUCUGGCUGAUAGCACUUCAUUUUAUGCAGCAGGAACCAAUGAUGUGCACUGUCCCCAAAGCUUUAGUACAUAAACUGUGACAGAAAGGAUGUUUAUGUUGGAACGUAUUUUCAUUAAAUCAUAGGUUUUUCACCUGUGCAUUUUUCCUUCAACCCUUCAGCAAAACAAUAGUAAUUAUGAUCAUUGGAUUCCACAAUGGUAAUCAAAAGCUGCUGUAGUAUGGGUUUAGUGUAAGUUUGUCUAAGCUGCAGUGUUAACCUCCUUUGGAAAUGUGGUUAUCAAUCAUUUUAAUCUGCUAACAUCUCAACUAUUUUUUCUGUGUUCAAAUUACUGUAAUAUGCCAGCAUUAUUGCUACUUUUUUCGCAUGGAAGAAGCUGUGGGAUCAGAAUCUUAAGUGUCUGGAAGCACAGUGCUUUUUGCUUCAAGUAGCAUUGUAUUUUAAACUAUGAACCUACAUUCGAGUGAAGCCAAAUGACACCAGAAGAUACUUAGUUAAGCUAUGAAUGACUGGAAAGGAUUUAAAGCAGUGCUUCUGUUCCACAGUAGGAUGGUGUCCUUAUCAGCCUAUGCAAGAUCAAUUUACAAAUGUGAAGAAAACAUGUUUUCAUGUGAAUUUUGGAGUUAAAGUUCAAGUAGUUUUAAGAUGUUCUGUUGAACAUGAGAUUCUGGACGGUACUUUGGGGUUAAGAUUAUGAAUAUGAAAAUGUUAGAAUACUGUUUUGUUUUCACAGAAUAGCAGUAACAGGAAGAACAAGGCAUUUUAAUAAAGUACGUGAGGGGAAUUAAACAAUGCCGUUUUUGAGUUGGAAUUGUGGAAUGGCACAAAAGGGAUGAAAUUCUAUCUAUUUAUAAUUUCAUUGAGAGAUUUCAAAUAUUAUAAAACUGACUCACCCCCAUAUUUGUGGCCAUUGUGUACAAAUGUAAAUUUAAGCAUUUAUGGAAUUUUCAUUCCGCUUCCCUGAGCCACUCCUUUGACUUGAGUAUUUGAGUUGAACUAAAAUGAAUUCCAAAUGGUUAAAACCAAUCUCUGCUUUCAUACUUGUGUCAACUUUUUAAAACUCCUUAGUUGCCACUAUGCAACCUUCUACAGCCAAAAGAACAAAAUCAUAUGGUGGACAGCAUGUUUUGUGACUGUGAUCCCUAUAGUUCCAUGAUUUCCUGAUACAAAAUUGAUUUUGGAAAAGCACAGCCAGUCAGGCAGCAUCCGAGGAACAGGAGAAUCAACAUUUCGAGCAUAAGCCCUUC